AGAACAAUAUUUGAAUAACUUAUAAGAGUUCAUAGAAAAUAAAAUACUAUGGGUAGUACAAAAACUUUGGUGACUUGUUUCCUUACGAUAAUACUUGCAGUUUCGUUGUCUAACCACAACGUUUUGGCUAUAGAUGCAGGGAUCAAAGGUUUCGAUACUGACCACUGCGAUACUAGGUGUUACGGACGAGAUGAAUGUAUGAACUACUGUAUUAAAGCUGGAUUCCCAAAAGGUGGACAGUGUGGUUCUCUUUGUAUUCCAUGUGGUUUCAAAUGUUGUUGCCAAAAGUAAUACACUUAUAUGCACUAUCUCACUUUCAAAAUUGAUGAUUCUAGCGUUGCAUUUAUUUUCUCGUUAUUGGACUUAAUUUGUAUCUUGUUUUUACAAAUAAAUGCUAUAAAAUAAGAAAA